AUGGCCGGCUCCGGUAAAUCUCAAAAGGGUCGUGGUGGCAUAAGCGGCGGGAUGGGGUCGUCGUCUGGAAGAGCUUCUUCUCACACCUCGAACAGUUCUACCCCGACUUCAAAUCGCCGGCCCCUUCCUAUUCAAUACGCUCACAAUCAAAGCCCUAUUCCGGAGACAAUCACACCGCGUGGCUCGACUCUUUCUCCACAGCCGUCGCUCCGUGGCUCGGCUUCACAGUCACAGCCGAUCCGUCCCCAACCGCUUCGUCCACCGCCGUACGUUCCACCACAGUGGACUCCACCACCGUACAAUCCACCGCCUGGCAGUCUAGAGACAGAAGCUGAACCAACGGAGCACCAAUUCCCAGAAAAGCCUCAACCACCACCACAUCAAGAUCCACCAAUGAGUAUCCACGACUUGCUGCGAACACCAGGUCGUGCAGAUUAUUUAACCAUCUUGGAUCCUCUUCCAACCGCAAACACAAUAUGGCAAUCGCUAAUAAGUUUUCUUUUUUAA